CCUCGCUUGGCGAAAGGUGCGCUCGCCAUUUGUACCGUCAAAUGCUUAUCGGAACCAGACACUUCUAGCAUGUUCGAUCUCAACCCGUAUCAUACUCCUUCACAACUCGUGUUAUAUCUACUUUGGACCGACGCAUUGUACUGCUUUCCGCCCCUCAGUACUUCUCCAGUCUAUCCUGACUGAAAACCUGCUUUUCUACGUCCAUGGUCAACUACGGGCGCGCAUCUAAAGAUUGCCUGCCAUGUAGGAAGAGAAAACUCAGGUGUUUGUAGUGCGACCAUGUCGCAUCGGGAUGCUCACAGUGUAAUAGAGCCAAGCUAACCUGUCAUGGUUAUCGAGAUUCGAACGAGGUGACUUUUCGUGACGAGACGCAGAAGGUUACACGAAAAGCUAUGGUCCAGCAGAUGGCAGCGCAACUCAUGUCUGGUCCACAAAAUCAUUUGGAUCAUAUUGCACGGAAUCUCUUCUUGUCGCUCUAUGUCGAUCGUUACUCAAGAGGCUUCGAAUCGCUGGGGUCACUCUUAGCGUCAGCCCCGAUGACCAGUCACCUCUGGGCUAGCGUUGACGCUGUCAGUCUAGCUUUCAUGGUCCUUCAGUCAAACCGCCUAGAUCUGCACCGAUAUGCUACCCGCAGAUAUGUGAAUGCCAUUCAAAGCCUCAGGGCUGAGCUGAGUUCCUCGAAGCUAUCGGCGAAGCACACGGUUAGUAACACGAUCCUACAAUCAGUGCUACUUCUCGAUCUCUAUGAGAAGAUGGACGUGCAUCGUAGUAUCGAACGGUCUAGUCAAUCAGACUCAUGGUUGAGCCAUGUAUCAGGUGCGUUGCAUAUGGUUCAGAUUCGGCCGACCGACGAGUUUUCUGACCCUACUACUGUGCAACUCGCCAUGAGAACUGCCUUGGCGCUAACGAUCAGUUGUGGUGCGGCUGGACUUCAUGUACCAGAAGCGUUGUCAGCACUACAAAGGGACCUCGACCACUACAUUCAGAGCCCAAAGUGGACUUUUAUCAACGUUCUGUCAGCGAUUAUCAAUCUCCGUGCUGACAUUUGCACUUCACGCCUACACGCAGAUGAUCUCUUGCAACGAGCGCAGGAGCUUGAUAUACGACUAAGGCUCGGGGAAUAUAACAUACCUCACUCUUGGAGACCUCGACGGAUUUCUGCUGGCAACGUCCUGACCCUGAAUGGCCAUUACGACUUGUACCCAUGCCAUUACGCGACUCAAGUCUUCAAUGCCUUCCGAAUCAUGCGAUUAGACUUGAAUCGCAUCAUUCACGAUCUGAAUGUGACCUCCUCGGCGUCACAAGUGAUUCUCGAGAUUACCCAUGAUAUCUGUGCGUCGGUACCGCAGUUUCUACCCACAUCGAUGAAGGGUGAAAGCACACUGCCUCUAUCGCCAUUACAAAUUCUACAAUGUAACGGAGCGUUAACACCACUCUACGCUGCCGCCCAAAUGACGAGUGAACCGCGAAUUCGAGCGUGGAUUCUGCAGACGCUCGGCCGCAUGGGCGACAACGGUGUGAAGAUGGCCACAGAUGUAACCCACGUACUGCUUUCUGCACCAGAAACGGACUAUUGGAGGGUUUUCACAAUGAUUGGGAGCUGUGGAACCACGGCUUGAGAGACGUAGUUCUUGCGUUGCGCAUCCUGUAGAGCUUCUGUGGGCGAGACUAGGAUAAAGGAUCAAAUGUAUUGCGUGCCACG